GCCGGUAACGACGGUCAAUGCCGAAAACUAUCAUGGCGUCCUUACGGAGAGUUAUAGCUUUGGGAAUAAUUCUUUUAUUAGGGAGUCAUUUGAGCGAGUCUUCACCUUCUCCCGAUGAACAAAUUACUAAGAAAGUUAAUACACAAAAAAGGACGGAAAUAGAUGAGAAUACUGCAAGGGAAGUCGAACCAGUAGCAAAUAAUAAAGCAAAUGAACCUCGCUCAAAAGGAGUCCAGACAGACAAUACAGACGAAAUACGCGAUCGCAGAGGUGAUUCUUCCAACUCAAAGAGCCAAGGAGAGAGGGGAGUUGAUUCGGGUAAAAUCAGAUUUGCAGGGAGCAAACAAAGAUUGGAUGAUGACCAGUCAGAUUGUGCCGAUGACAUUACUCGUCUAUGUCCUGAAAUUCCCAAAGGAAACAACUUUGCCCUUCUUGUCUGUUUACAAGAAAAGGCCAAGGAGGAUGAUUUGACCACAGAUUGUCAUCAUAUGCUGUGGGAAUACAAACGCACAUUUGCCAAGGAUCAAAAGUUUGAAAAAGCUGUGCAGGAAAGAUUUUGUGUGGCUGAUCUAGAACUGUUGUCUGAUUGUCAAAAACCAGGGCAGAUUGUUGCUUGUUUAGUUGAACACAGACAGAAUCUGACAGUUCCUGCAUGCAAGCAUAUGAUGACCAAAAUGCAAGCAAUUUUCUUCAGUGAUUUCCGUCUGAUUUCACACUUUUUGGAUAAUUGUGCUAAAGAUGUGAACACGUUUAAGUGUGGCAGGAUUCCAACAGAAGAUGACGAAGAGGAUGUCCACUCUCAAAAUGAUGUACUAGAAUGCCUUGAAGAAUACCAGGAAAAAUUAUCACAGGAAUGUCAGAAACAAAUCUAUCGUCUAGCUGAACUGUCUUCUGAUGACUACCAUCUGGACCGCCCUCUGUACUAUGCUUGUAAAGAUGACAGAGAGAGAUUUUGUGCGGAGAUUCCUUCAGGGGAGGGAAGAGUAUACAAAUGUUUGAAGAAACACAAGUCUGAGGAAGCCAUGAGUGAUGAAUGUCGAAGUAAGCUGACAGAGAGACAGAAACUGGAAGCCAAGGACGCAAAGGCCAACUAUCCAUUGAUGAAGAAUUGCAUGAAGUUUUAUCAACAAUACAAGGAUCAAUAUGAAUGUGAAAAAGGAAACACAAGACAUGGAGCUCUGGCAAACAUUCUGAUUUGCUUGGAGAAAGCUGUUCAAGAUGAUCAAAAAGUUAGCAGCAAGUGUCAGGCAGAGUUAUUUGAUCUGAGGCAACAGCUGAUGCAAGAUUACUCCAUCAAUCCUGAGAUUGUUGCACAGUGUGACGUGGAAAUUCAAAAACAUUGUAGCAAAGGAGAAAUGAAGGAAGGGAAGACCAUCGACUGUUUAAUGGACUUGGCAGAGGAAAAUGAGGGAAAGGAUGAUGUCAUUAGGCCACAGUGCUUGAAGGCUAUUGAGGAACUUUUGGAGGAAACUGGUGCUGGGAGUGAUUACCGCAUUGAUCAUACUUUGUACCAAGCAUGUGAACCCGUUGUUCAGACUGUGUGUAAGGAUAAAGGCAAAAAGGAAGGAGAUGUAAUGGUUUUGUCAUGUCUGAUGGAGAAUCUUCACACAGAUAACAUGAUACCUGAGUGUGAGGAACAGUUAUUGCACUUGGAAUUUUUCAUUGCAAGGGACAUUGAACUUGAUCCUGUAUUGAAGAAAGCUUGCCAAGAUGAUGUUAAGACCAUCUGCAAUGCUCCCAACCUGGAUGAUCAAGACUCAUACCCCAGCAGCCUCAUUAUAUCAUGUCUUUAUAGGCAUGUUGUCCUUGAUCCACAAAGAAAGGUUUCACCCAAAUGUGCUGCUCAUGUGCAGCGUGUGAUGCAUCAAAGAGCUGUUGAUGUCCAUCUGAUGCCUGAAAUACAAACAGCUUGUGUACAGGAUCUUGCAAAACACUGCAGUGAACAACUUGGAAAAGGAGAGGUAAUAGACCUAAACAAGAACACUAUCAGAACAUUGUGGAAGGAAUUUAGCCUGUGCAGGUUUUGUCAUGUCUGA